GCCCUGCCGACCAAUGGGGAAUGGGGACACGAAGCGCAGACAGGCCUCAGACUCUAUGGUGGCGCAGUUGAACGGGCCGCUCUAGGCGAUCCUCGCCGUUCUUUAUGGUACCUGGGAAGAGCGGAGGGGGCGGUGCCCGGUUGACGGCUCGGGCCCCACAAUCUCGCCAAUUUAAGCUGCGGACACCAUGGCGCCUCCGAGAGUUCUCUUGGUCUACCAUAAAGAGACUGGAAGAGUACUGCAAACCAUAAUGCUGUGUUUGCAUAAGGAAAUGUGAGGAGCGUAAAACACAAAAACCCCUCUUUUCUGACUGGAGAGACUGAGCCUGGGUCAAAUUCAUUCCUGCUGUUACUCCAUUGAGAGAAUGUCAGUUUACUGUUUAAAUUGUACUGCUUGACGGUGAUGACCCUGGUGGCUGCAACGUACACUGUAGCUUUACGAUACACGAGAAUAGCAGAAACAGAACUCUACUUUGCAACCACAGCUGUGUGCAUUACAGAAGUUAUCAAGUUAUUCCUAAGUGUGGGUAUUUUGGCCAAAGAAACUGGAAGCCUGGGUAGAUUGAUGGCAUCUUUAAGAGAAAAUAUAUUAGGCAGCCCGAAGGAAUUGCUAAAAUUAAGUGUUCCAUCUGUGGUGUAUGCGGUCCAAAACAACAUGGCUUUCUUGGCUCUUAGCAAUUUGGAUGCAGCAGUCUACCAGGUGACAUAUCAGUUGAAGAUCCCAUGCACAGCCUUAUGUACAGUCUUAAUGUUAAACCGUUCCCUAAGUAAAUUGCAGUGGUUCUCUGUCUUUAUGUUGUGUGGUGGAGUCACACUUGUUCAGUGGAAACCUGCUCAGGUUACAAAAGUACAGAUGGAGCAGAAUCCAUGGUUAGGGUUUGGCGCUAUAGCUAUUGCUGUAUUAUGCUCAGGAUUUGCAGGAGUCUAUUUUGAGAAGGUAUUAAAGAGUUCAGAUACUUCCCUGUGGGUGAGGAACAUUCAGAUGUACUUGUCUGGGAUUGUGGUGACUUUAGUUGGUGUUUACAUGUCAGAAGGAGCUCAAGUUCUUGAGAAAGGAUUUUUCUUUGGCUACACAUAUUAUGUCGGGUUUGUCAUCUUGCUUGCCAGUGUUGGAGGCCUCUACACUUCUGUUGUUGUUAAAUACACAGACAACAUUAUGAAAGGGUUUUCUGCAGCAGCAGCCAUUGUCCUUUCUACUGUUGCAUCGGUGAUGCUGUUUGGUUUACAGAUCACUAUAAGCUUUGCUCUGGUGCUCUCCUGUUUGUAUUUCUAUAUACCUGUAUGGAUUACCUCGACAAGACACCACAAAAAUCCAGCCAUCGUUAGAGACAGUGAGUUCGAAAGAGAAACUUAUUAAUAUGUGAUGUUUGCCAUAAGAAAGGACAAGAGACACUGCAAAGGAAAGACUGGGGGAAAAAAACCCCAUUUUUAAUUAGCCUUAAAUUAGUCAUGGAAAGACUUAACUUGGACAGAAUAAAAGCAGCAGUUAAUUCUGGAAGAAAGUGAAGAGUUUUCAUUGGAUGAUAUAGACUCUCCAUUAUUGCCAAGCUCCUGAAGAAGCUUGUUCAUGUUAGGCAUGUUCCUUUCAUGUUGGACUGUGAGGAGCCCACCUACCAGCAAUGCAGAAUGAAGGAAUUAAACCUUCUGUUGUAUAUAAAAGAGGGACAUUGUCUCCGGCUGUAUAUUUGAAUGACUGUAUUGUGCCAUUUAUGAGCAGAAAUGCUCAAAGGCUUCAGAAGCUCUAUUAAAGGAGAUCUCAUUACCAAA